CAUAAAUUUUACUUAGCGCUUAUUAAUUAAACAGGCUUUAUUGUUUUGUAUAAAACCCUUACGAUUUUUUCUCAGUGUAUCAGUCACCAAUUAACUCUGAAAGCAAGUCAACCUCAAACAUCUACAAUGAUCAAGAUCUUCGUUGCUGUCAUCGCCAUAGCUGCGAUCGCCGCUGAGCCUCAAGGCGGUCAUUACGGCCACCAACACGGUCACGCCUCAUCAUCACAAAGCCUUCACCAGCACCACUCACAUGGCACUGAGAAACACGUCGAGUACUAUGGUCAUCCUAAGUACGAGUUUGCUUACCAUGUGUCGGACCCUCACACACAUGACAUCAAGUCUCAGCACGAGACGCGCGACGGCCAUGUUGUGAAGGGCGAGUACAGCUUGCACCAGCCCGACGGCAGGGUCAGGACUGUCACCUACCAUGCCGACCACAAGACCGGAUUCAACGCCGACGUGCACUACAAGGGUCACGCCCAACACAUCGUCCCUGAACACCAUCACCAUCACCACUGAUUCUUCUCGUUUUUAUUAUUUAAGUUUAUACUUCUUGCUGUUUCAUUUGCUUCCUGUUGUUAUUUUAGCACAUUUUGUUUUACAGUUUUAAUUGUUGUGAUAUUAUUAAACCAUUUUAAAGACAUGCCUAUUGGAUUAUUUUGUCAUCAAUAUGUUUUACUUCACAAAACUCGUAUCUCCCCUAUACGGCUAGAGGCCAGCGCCUAGCAGUAAUAUAACAGCAGCAACGUAUAUGGGCUGGU